UAUUACGAAGAUAUUGUCGUGCAGCAUGGCAGCAACGGCAAGAGUAACAGCAACAGCAACAGUUGCUUUCAAAGCAGCAGCAGCAACAGCAAUCGCAGCGCCUCUGUCAGCUUCGUCGACAAAUUCGCUGACUUUGUAGCACAUAAUCGUAGCAAUUCGAAAAGCGAACGCGGCUUGCAAGUGCAUAUCAAACACACUAAUAAUCCCAAUGCUGUCUCAUCUCUCAUUCCAAACCCUAACAACAACAGCAGCAGCAGCGGUACCAUUAUCAACAACAACAACAACAACAACGGCAGCAACAGCAACAGCAGCAGUGCUGCCAACAGCAAUAACAAUAACAACGUUAGCAGCAGCAGCAAUGGCAUAAAGACAACAAUUGGCAAGAAGACGCCAGUAAUACUGCUGGCCGCACGUGGAGCAGUUCACAAAUCGCAGCAGCAGCAACAACAGCAGCAGCAUCCGCCACUCGCCCUGCUGAAUAGCAGCCAAGCGGGCGCCAAGCCAGCGGUCACCUUGCUGCGCGUCAAUGCGAAUGCCAACCGCAGUCGCCAGGUUAUCAUUACGCCAGACGCAUCUAACCUGCAGCAACAGCAACAACAGCAGCAGCUGAUCGAGGAAGAGGAGCUCAUUGAUGAGGAUGUCUAUGAUGAUGCGGACACACUGAAUGCCACCCUGUGCUCAUCGACAGCACAAAUCCUGCGCAAAUUUCGCAUACCCAAGGGCACAGCACUGACAGCCAAGCCGGCGGAUGGUUAUCUGGCCAUGCCUACGCCCACGCCUUCGCCGCCCAUGGGCGCAACUGGAGGCAACGCUGCUCUAGACGCAGCCAGCUAUGUGGACAACACAGACGACAUCAUCGAAGAGCUCAACGAGGAUGAUCUGGUGGAAGAGGUCAUCGACGAGGAGGCGACUGGCUGCGAGGAGCAGCAGGUGCUGGAGCAAACAGUUAACGACAGCGACGGCCUUGAUCUCAGCAGCGGCAGCAACAGCAAUCAGAAUGCGACAGCAGCAGCGGUGGCAGCUGCAACGACAACAUCUGCCAUGCUGCUGCAACAGCCGCAGCAGCAGCAGCCGGCGGCGCUGCAGCUGCAAACCGUGGGACCCAAUGGCACUGUCACCUGCUUCAAUCUGCCACCGAACACCAUAUUGGUGCAGUCAGCCGACGGCAGCAUUAUAGCGCAUCCCAGCAAAGCUGGCCAGCAGCAGCUGAUUGUGUUGCCCGCGGACUGGCCGACAGCCAAUAUGGCCUUAGCCGAGCCGACAGCAGCAGCAACAGCAGCAGCUCAGCCAGCGCAGACGCAAACGCAAACGCUGUUGCUGACGGCCGACGGCACCGCCAUACCAAUUAUGGCGCCGCUGCAACAGCAUCAGCAACACCACCAACAACAGCAGCAGCAGCAACAACAGCAACAGGCUGCAGCUGUUGCUGCUGCAGCGCAACUAUUCGCCGCGUAGGGUCUAAUGGGUGGCCAAAUGGGUCGAUUUUUGAACAAUGCCACGAUAAUGCCAACCACAUAUUUCUUUUAAAUCUCCAGCCAGUUGCACCUGCCGCAGAGCAGCACGUGGCACAGCUCGUUGUGUUGCUCUGCUGCCAGCUGCAACAAAUUCCUAGAUUUCUAUCCACAAUUUUCCACUUGCCCCGCCUCCAUUUACGUAGGGCAUCUACCGAAAAUCGACGCAUUUGGCCACCAAAGAGAGCAGCAUUAUAUGAAGGGAAAUCAAAACAAAAUAAAAUU